CUAACGUGGCGCAUGAAUAAUUGUCAAAAUACGAUGGAAUGUCCAAAAGUUUACACAAUGAAGAUGUUAUCAGAUGGAUAAAGGAUUUAAAGAUUAGAAAUGUUCCAUAAAUAUUUGUAACGAAGCAUGUAUGUAAAAGACCCCUAAAAAAUCUUCAAUGAAUGUCAUUUUAUGUGGGACAUAGCAUAAUAGUUAUACGAAAAAUAUACGCUUGUACGUUAAAUAAAUUGUCUGCUUAUGGUCUAAUUACUAUUAAAAUAUGAGUGUUGAUAGCGAAAACAAAUCAAACGAAGCUAUUACUUCGUUUACACCGUCAGUAGAUCAAGAAAAUUCUGACAACGGAAAUAUUGAAAAAACCCCUAUAACCCCAGAAAUGGUGUUACGCUUGCCUACAAUUACCGAUAAAUAUUUGUGUUCUCCAGAGGCUAAUAUUUAUGACAUUGAUUUUACAAGAUUUCAAAUUAGGGACCUAGAAACAGGAGCAAUAUUGUUCGAAAUAACAAAACCACCAGCUACUGAAUGCGAUCUUGUACAAGAUGUAGAACCAGAGUGUGAAGAAUCUGGUUGUGAGGACACAAAUACUGGUCGCUUUGUACGUUACCAAUUUACACCCCAAUUUCUCAAAUUGAAGACUGUUGGGGCGACAGUAGAAUUUCUUGUGGGCUCUAAACCAGUGACUAAUUUUCGAAUGAUUGAACGCCAUUUCUUUCGAGACAGAUUGUUAAAAACCUUUGAUUUUCAAUUUGGAUUUUGUAUACCAAACAGCAAAAAUACCUGCGAACAUAUUUAUGAGUUCCCUACUUUGCCUGCUGAUUUGGUAUCUGAAAUGAUUGCAAAUCCGUUCGAAACACGCUCAGAUUCAUUUUAUUUUGUGGACAAUCAAUUGGUAAUGCACAAUAAAGCAGACUAUGCAUACAAUGGUGGACAUCCUCACGAUGUACUUUAGUAUGCAAUUUGUUGAAUAGGAUAAAAUAUAAAGAAAAGUUAGUAAGGAAUUUGCACUUUGCAAAAAUGAUUGUGAUAUUGCAACACAUACUUAACUAAUUUAAAAUUAUAACUUUAUUUCUCUGUACACAAAGUUGCAAUCGCAAAUUUUUACAUUAUCGCUUAAAUAUAGUAUUUGUACACAAUUCUUUGAACUUUUUGAAUCGAAUUUAUCUAUAUUUUGUUGAAUAUUUCUGUCUUAAAAUCACAAUAAUUAAUUAAGCACACUAUGUUUUAAUAAUGUCUAAAAGCCUUAUCAAAAUUUUACAUUUUGAAUAGUCGUUCUCCAAUAAAACAUGGCCUUACGCGAAACUACUUUCCAGUUCUGAUAAAAUUAUUUCCAAGCUACAAAACAUUGAAUAUGCAAUUUAUGGAAAUGUAACAAACAAGAAGUUAAUAAAGUGUGUAAACUUUGUAAGUUCUUACCUGAUGCAGAAUUCACAAUUUGUUUACAUUGUAUACAAUUGUAUUUUAUCGUUCUAUUUUUCACUUGUAUCUGUAAUGUUAUAAAUUUCACAUAAAUACAUAUAUAUGUUUCCAAAUGCAUUACGUAUUUUUCUUAUCUUAAAAUGGAAAUUACAAUUACGAUUGAUUAAUGAAAUCAAUUGUACACUUCACAAAAUCAGUUGGUUUGUCUGCAUGAACCCAAUGAUUGGCACCAUUUAUGUAUGAGAAUUGAGCAGAAGGAAAUAAAUUUUUAAUUUUAUCAUGA